AUGAAAGCUGAAGACAUUGAAAAGAUACGAACGAUUUUCAUAUCUAUCAAAUCUAUCUAUCUAUCUAUCUAUCUAUCUAUCUAUCUAUCUAUCUAUCUAUCUAUCUAUCUAUCUAUCUAUCUCAGUCUGUUCAUAUCUAUCUACAUAGAAGCUUACAUAAAAAAUAAAAGAAACAAGCAAAUCUAUCUAUCUAUCUAUCUAUCUAUCUAUCUAUCUAUCUAUCUAUCUAUCUAUCUAUCUAUCUAUCUCUGCCUAUUUCGGCUCGUUCUUAUCUAUCUAUCUAUCUAUCUAUCUAUCUAUCUAUCUAUCUAUCUAUCUAUCUAUCUAUCUAUCUCACUCGUUUUUAUCUAUCUAUCUAUCUAUCUAUCUAUCUAUCUAUCUAUCUAUCUCAGUCUGUUCAUAUCUAUCUAUCUAUCUAUCUAUCUAUCUAUCUAUCUAUCUAUCUAUCUACAUAGAAGCUUACAUAAAAAAAUAAAACAAAACAAGCAAAUCUAUCUAUCUAUCUAUCUAUCUAUCUAUCUAUCUAUCUAUCUAUCUAUCUAUCUAUCUCUGUUCAUAUCUAUCUAUCACAAAACAUGCAAAUCUAUCUAUCUAUCUAUCUAUCUAUCUAUUUCUUUGUUCGUUUGUUUCUUUCUUUCUACUUUUUCUUAUCGUUCGUCUUUCUUUUCUAAUUUUCUUUCUUGCUUUUGCUUUUUUCUCUUCUUUCUUUCUUUCUUUCUUUCUUUCUUUCUUUCUUUCUUUCUUUCUUUCUUUCUCUACUUUUCUCUCGUGUUCUUUGUUCGUUUGUUUCUACUUUUUCUUAUCAUUCUUCUUUCUUUUCUAAUUUUCUUUCUUGCUUUUUCUUUCUUUCUUUCUUUCUUUCUUUCUUUCUUUCUUUCUUUCUUUCUUUGUUCGACGACGGCUGAGCGUUUAGCACGCUUCUCUUCACCCUCUCUGUUUGCUUCUCUAUUCCCAUUUCUAACUCCCAUACUUUGUGUUAUUCGACAUCGACGCGCCUCUCUCUUUCUUUCUCUCUAG